AUGCUACUGUCUACGGUCGGUUUGUUGAUCUUGCUGGCAUGUCAAGGUGGUGGCCAGUCUAUAAAAGUUAGGAUACCGGUGUGGGACCCUAUAAAUUUCCUUACCCGCGUCGCAGGAGUUCCGACUGUUAAUGACAACACCAACGCACAACGACCGCCAAAUAACAACAACCAGGAUAACGAAAACAAUUAUAACAACUAUCUGAACGAAUACUACAAUUACCUGUCGAGUGCUUACCAGAAUCCAGCACUGUACAAUCCAUAUGGGCCUUACGGACCUUAUGGCCCCUACGGAUAUUUCGGACAAUAUUCACCAUAUGACUUUCAAACUACAACUCAGACUCCAGUAAUAUCAACAACUACAGCACCGCCACCAACAUCGACUACAAUUCCAACAACUACUCAGACAACAUCUACGCAAAGUCCUCUUUGUCUAUUUUUCCCCAACUUACCGAUAUGCCAACUAUCGACUUCAACUUCGACUACACAGGCACCAACAACAUCUACUGAAGUCCAAACUUCUUCGACAGACGUGCCCACAACAUCGACCACUGCGGCAACAUCCACAAGCACUGCUGUUCCUACAACUGAGGAAACUUCUACGAGCACUGCUCUUCCUACAACGGCGGCUACAUCCACAAGCACUGCUGUUCCUACAACCGAAGAAACUUCCACGAGCACUGCAGUUCCUACGACGAGUUCGUCAACGACUGAGGCAACAACUACUAGCACUGCUGUUCCUACAACGGCGGCUACAUCCACAAGCACUGCUGUUCCUACAACAGAGGAAACUUCUACGAGCACUGCAGUUCCCACGACGAGUUCAUCAACAACUGAGGCAACAACUACUAGCACUGCUGUUCCUACAACUGCGGCUACAUCCACCAGCACUGCAGUUCCAACAACCGAGGAAACUUCCACAAGCACUGCUGUUCCUACAACAGAGGAAACUUCUACGAGCACUGGAGUUCCCACGACGAGUUCGUCAACAACUGAGGCAGCAUCCACAACAAAUGCUCCUACAACUAGUUCAUCAACAACUGAGGCAACAACUACUAGCACUGCUGUUCCUACAACGGCGGUUACAUCCACAAGCACUGCUGUUCCUACAACCGAGGAAACUUCCACAAGCACUGCAGUUCCUACAACGAGUUCGUCAACAACUGAGGCAACAACUACUAGCACUGCUGUUCCUACAACGGCGGCUACAUCCACAAGCACUGCUGUUCCUACAACAGAGGAAACUUCUACGAGCACUGCAGUUCCCACGACGAGUUCAUCAACAACUGAGGCAACAACUACUAGCACUGCUGUUCCUACAACUGCGGCUACAUCCACCAGCACUGCAGUUCCAACAACCGAGGAAACUUCCACAAGCACUGCUGUUCCUACAACAGAGGAAACUUCUACGAGCACUGCAGUUCCUACGACGAGUUCGUCAACAACUGAGGCAACAACUACUAGCACUGCUGUUCCUACAACUGCGGCUACAUCCACCAGCACUGCAGCAACAUCCACGAGCACUGCUCUCCCCACAUCCAGUUCAUCAACAACUGAGGCAACAUCCACAACAUCUGCUCCCACAACCAGCUCAACUACAACUGAGGCAACAUCCACGAGCACUGCUCUCCCUACAAGUAGUUCAUCGACUACAGAGGCAACAUCCACGAGCACUGCUCUCCCCACAUCCAGUUCAUCAACAACUGAGGCAACAUCCACAACAUCUGCUCCCACAACCAGUUCAACUACAACUGAGGCAACAUCCACAACAUCUGCCCCCACAACCAGUUCAUCAACAACUGAGGCAACAUCCACAACAUCUACUUCCACAACCAGCUCAACUACAACUGAGGCUACAUCCACGAGCACUGCUCUCCCUACAAGUAGUUCAUCGACUACAGAGGCAACAUCCACGAGCACUGCUCUCCCCACAUCCAGUUCAUCAACAACUGAGGCAACAUCCACUACAUCUGCUCCCACAACCAGUUCAACUACAACUGAGGCAACAUCCACAACAUCUGCUCCCACAACCAGUUCAUCAACAACUGAGGCAACAUCCACAACAUCUGCUCCCACAACCAGUUCAUCAACAACUGAGGCAACAUCCACAACAUCUACUUCCACAACCAGCUCAACUAUAACUGAGGCUACAUCCACGAGCACUGCUCUCCCUACAAGUAGUUCAUCGACUACAGAGGCAACAUCCACGAGCACUGCUCUCCCUACAUCCAGUUCAUCAACAACUGAGGCAACAUCCACAACAUCUACUUCCACAACCAGCUCAACUACAACUGAGGCAACAUCCACAACAUCUGCUCCCACAACUAGUUCAACAACAACUGAGGCAACAUCCACGAGCACUGCUCUCCCCACAUCCAGUUCAUCAACAACUGAGGCAACAUCCACUACAACUAGCUCAACUACAACUGAGGCAACAUCCACGAGCACUGCUCUCCCUACAAGUAGUUCAUCGACUACAGAGGCAACAUCCACGAGCACUGCUCUCCCUACAUCCAGUUCAUCAACAACUGAGGCAACAUCCACAACAUCUGCUCCCACAACUAGCUCAACUACAACUGAGGCAACAUCCACGAGCACUGCUCUCCCUACAAGUAGUUCAUCGACUACAGAGGCAACAUCCACGAGCACUGCUCUCCCCACAUCCAGUUCAUCAACAACUGAGGCAACAUCCACUACAUCUGCUCCCACAACCAGUUCAACUACAACUGAGGCAACAUCCACAACAUCUGCUCCCACAACCAGUUCAUCAACAACUGAGGCAACAUCCACAACAUCUGCUCCCACAACCAGUUCAUCAACAACUGAGGCAACAUCCACAACAUCUACUUCCACAACCAGCUCAACUACAACUGAGGCUACAUCCACGAGCACUGCUCUCCCUACAAGUAGUUCAUCGACUACAGAGGCAACAUCCACGAGCACUGCUCUCCCUACAUCCAGUUCAUCAACAACUGAGGCAACAUCCACAACAUCUACUUCCACAACCAGCUCAACUACAACUGAGGCAACAUCCACAACAUCUGCUCCCACAACUAGUUCAACAACAACUGAGGCAACAUCCACGAGCACUGCUCUCCCCACAUCCACGACAUCAAAUGCUAUUCCUUUCUCCAGUUCUACAACGACAGAGGAUUCGACAACAUCUACUGCCCUUCCUACAACUAGUUCAUCAUCCACAGUAGCUUUGACAACGUCGACUGCCUUACCCACAACAAUUGCGGAGUCGCCAGAAGAUUCUGACCUUUGCUCUGCCUAUCCGAAUCUACCAAGUUGCCAGUCCGCGAAAAAAAUAGGCAUUAAUGAAAGCUCUGAAAAGCAAGACAAUGCAGCAUCUUUUCAGUAUAGGCCAGGUCAGCAGCUGUCAAUAAUUUCGGUGCCCCAAUCUGUGACGUCGCUGUGUUUCUUCUACCCGCGUCUCUGUAUGAAACCGGAAGAAGCCCAGUUUGUGCAGGCCACCGAUGGAAAUGGAAAGCCCCUAGUCUUGAUAUCACCAGUCGAAGGAAGAUCGGCUCAACCCAUUCACCCACCGACCCUUUGGCGAGCUAUAAAACGGAUCGCUGACCAACAAAGCUAA